AAGGUGUGUGUCUUGGCUAUCCUCAAACAUAACCUAUUUCGAAAAUCGGAUAGAAUUUGUAAAAAAAAUCACACUGAACGCAUUUUCGUCGUUCUUGCACGUCCUAAAUCACUAAAAAGUGGCUAAAACUCGUAACAGUUUCGCUUUUGCGCAAUUAUUUAUAGAAGUGUCACAGUAAUUAGCAUCCGGGUUUGGCGCUUUCCCGAAUUUCACAACCGAGUUAUCAAAAUCGGUAAAUAACAUGUGAAUUAUGGAAGAAAAACCAAAAAUAUUACUGUGUGGGGAUGUGGAGGGAAAGUUUAACACACUCUUCAACAGAGUGGCGGCUAUUAAUAAGAAAUCAGGUCCUUUCGAUUGCCUUUUCUGUGUGGGGAACUUCUUUGGCAUCAAUAACAAGGAAUUUGCGCUGUAUAGAACCGGAGAGAAGAAAGUACCAAUACCCACAUACAUUUUGGGCCCCAAUAACCCCGACUAUGUGAAUUUAUACCCAAGUGAUGACUCAGUGGAGUUGUGCCCUAAUGUGUCCUGGUUAGGCAAAAGGGGCGUCUACACAAACAGCAAAGGUUUAAAAAUCGCCUAUAUUAGCGGACUUGCAAGCAAAGAAUCCUCAGAACAUGAAUAUUCAAGUAAAGAUGUCAUGGAACUGUUCAAUGCCUGUGUUCGCGGGAAUCCGUCGUUUCGGGGGGUUGAUAUUCUCUUAACGUCACAGUGGCCCUCUGACGUCAUGAAUCACGACUCUAAAAAAGUUAAUUUGACAAUUAAUAAAACUAGUGAUCUUCCCAGCUGGUUGUCGAUGAAGUUGAAGCCCCGUUACCAUAUAUCCGGUUUAGAGGGGGUUUACUAUGAGCGUGCGCCCUUCAGAGCUCCUACUUUAGGAGAACAUGACACUACUUUAAGUAUAGUCACUAGGUUCUUGGGGUUGGCGAGGGUUGGUAACCCUAAUAAGGAUAAAUGGUUGUAUGCUUUGAGUUUGUCGCCUUUGGAUAAAAUGAGGGUUGGGGAAUUGUUGCAAAAGACGACUGAUGAGACAGAGUGCCCUUACAAUUUUGACGACAUUAAUCAAAAAGUGUUCAAUGUAAAGAGGAAAGUAGUUUCUUCUAGUCAGUACUUUUACGACACGAGUGCACCGGAGGAACCGUCUGGUGGUGGUUACAGAAAAAAAAGACCUAGAGUUGAGUUUGACCAGAGUAAAUGUUGGUUUUGUCUUGCGAGUCCGUCAGUUGAGAAGCAUUUGAUCAUUACAGUUGCAACUUCUACUUAUUUGGCGUUGGCUAAAGGCGGUAUCGUUGAUGAGCAUUUCCUGAUUUGUCCAAUUGAACAUUACCAGUGUGGCUUAGGGCAGCCGCAAGACGUUAUUCAAGAGGUAAACCAGUUUAAAGAGGCUUUGCGGAAAUUUUAUGACAGAAAAGGACAAGUUGCGGUGUUUUUUGAACGUAAUUAUAAGACUUCUCAUAUGCAGCUACAAGCAGUGCCUCUUCCUAAAAAGGCCACUAAAGAACUGAAGGAAGUUUUUAUGGAGGAAGCCGAAGGGAACGGUUUGAAACUCGCACUCUUGGACUCGCACAGUCGACUUGACCAAGUUCUACAACCCAAAUCUCCCUAUUUUACCGUCGAACUCCCAGAUGGCGCCACCCUCUACACCACAAUCAAAGGCAAUUUCCCGCUCAAUUUCGCGCGGGAAGUUCUGGUAACCGGUCCCAUUUUAAACUGUCCCGACAAGUCCGACUGGAAGGACUGCAUCGCCAACAAAGAAACCGAAGAAUCUUUAGUCCAGAGGAUACGCACCGACUUCGAACCCUUCGACUUCACGAAUGACGAAGUCUAACUUAACACAACAUUUUAUUAUUAGUUUGUUACAUCUGACAUUCUUACAAUAAAAAGGUAUAUCCAAAAA